AUGGAAACAAAGUCGAUCAUCUUGUCGGGUGAAACGCUUACGAUCACGGAGGAUGGCCCGGAGAAAAGGCCCCGCCCCUCUCUUGAGCUUCCUGAGAUGCAAAAGCAUCUAAUUCGCAUUGCGGUUAUGCGAGGUGCAUUCAUGCGGACUGAUAAGUAUAGGUUCCCGACGAUCAGCAUAUUUAUUCUAGCGGAUAGCCAUGUGUGA